AUGUUUAGCAUAAAAGAAAGAGACCAGACAGAAAUAGAUAAUAUUGCAAUAGAUAAAGAAUAUGUGAAAAAUAACAUUAAAUACUCAAAGGGUACCACUACAUUAGCAUUUACAUUUCAAGGUGGUAUGAUAAUAGCUGUAGAUUCCAGGGCUACUUCUGGUUCAUAUAUUGCAAGUCAGACAGUAAACAAAGUAAUUGAAGUUAACAAUCAUUUAUUAGGAACAAUGGCAGGUGGUGCAGCCGACUGUGCUUAUUGGGAAGGCCAGAUGGGUCUGUAUGCUAAGAGAUAUGAACUGGAAACAGGAAAACGAAUAACGGUAAGCAAUGCCUCAAAGUAUUUGGUAGAUUGUUUAAGAAGAUAUAAGGGAUAUGGUUUAUCAGUGGGUAGUAUGGUAUGUGGUUAUGAUGGUGAAAUACCUAAAAUAUUCUUUGUUGAUGAUUCUGGUUCACGUAUAGAGAAUAAUCUUUUUUCAGUAGGAAGUGGUAGCCCAAUUGCAAUUGGUGUCUUAAACUCUAAGUAUAGACAUGAACUCACAAAAGAGGAAGCUAUUGAGUUGGGUAAAGAAGCAAUUUAUAGAGCGGGUCACAGAGAUGCUAUGUCUGGUGGUACAGUUAAUGUAAUUUUUAUGAAUGAAAAUGGAUGGACAAGAGUAGGUAGAUGGGAUUUUAAUGAAUUGAGAGAACAUUUUGAUUAA